ACAGUCGACUCCCCGACUCGCGGCAUUUGAGAGUCCAGUACAGUCACGGCAGUCGCCCGUCAGUCGUCGAGCGCAGCGUACGUCUGUCACGUCUCCGCGCGAAACUUACCAGCCAUGUGGUGAAGUGAAACUGUCAAACGUGAUACACUUUCGCAUACCGGUGUUAUUCGGUUUUAGUGGACUAUUGUACUUUUAAAUUAAAAUUGACUUGUGGUGGUUUGUGAUAACGAAGUGGUGCAACAAUUUUGGAAAAUUGGAUUAUACGAACGUAUAAUGGCCUUAGCCAGGUAUAAUCAGCAAACCGCGCGCUCCUCUUCGUUGAAGCUCGGGUCAGGCAGCGAGUGCGGCGGUGGAGGCGCGGGCGGCGGCGCGGCCGCUCCGCAAUCGGCGCGCGUCUCCUCCAACGGCGCCGGCGGGAUGGCGGUGAGCCGCGUGCCCAGCCCGCUGCACGACGGCAACACGCCCGUCGCGGAAAACUGGUGCUUCACACAGGUCAAAGUGGUUAAGUUCAGUUACAUGUGGACAAUAAACAAUUUUAGUUUCUGUAGAGAAGAAAUGGGUGAAGUGUUAAAAUCAUCGACUUUUUCAGCAGGUGCUAGUGACAAGUUAAAGUGGUGUCUUCGUGUUAACCCUAAAGGACUCGAUGAAGAGAGCAAAGACUAUUUAUCUUUAUACUUAUUAUUAGUGUCGUGUAAUAAAUCAGAAGUGCGUGCAAAGUUUAAGUUCUCAAUAUUAAAUGCAAAACGGGAAGAAACGAAGGCGAUGGAGUCACAGCGUGCAUACAGAUUUGUCCAAGGCAAAGAUUGGGGGUUCAAAAAAUUUAUCAGAAGAGACUUCUUACUAGACGAAGCGAACGGCCUCCUACCAGAAGACAAGCUGACGAUAUUCUGCGAAGUGUCGGUAGUGGCCGACAGUAUCAACAUCAGUGGCCAGAGCAACGUGGUCCAGUUCAAAGUACCAGAGUGUCGACUCUCCGAUGACCUAGGGGCUCUCUUCGACAAUGAAAGAUUCUCUGACGUCACAUUGGCAGUUGGCGGCAGGGAAUUCCAAGCACACAAAGCAAUUUUAGCAGCGAGAAGUCCAGUAUUCGCAGCGAUGUUUGAACACGAGAUGGAAGAACGGAAACGGAAUCGAGUGGACAUCACAGACGUAGACCACGAGGUGUUACGAGAAAUGUUACGCUUUAUAUACACGGGCCGCGCGCCCAACCUAGACAAGAUGGCGGACGACCUCUUAGCAGCCGCUGACAAGUACGCACUCGAGCGAUUAAAAGUGAUGUGUGAAGAAGCGUUAUGCCUGAGUCUAUCGGUUGAGACGGCCGCGGACACACUAAUCCUAGCCGACCUGCACUCCGCUGACCAGCUCAAGGCGCAAACCAUCGACUUUAUUAACACAAGUCACGCUACAGACGUAAUGGACACUGCGGGUUGGAAGAACAUGAUCUCGUCUCACCCGCACCUGAUCGCGGAGGCCUUCCGCGCACUGGCCACGCAGCAACAACAGAUCCCCCCCAUCGGGCCGCCGCGCAAGCGUGUGAAGCAGGCCUAGUGCGGCACCGCCCGGUCCGCGCCCCGGCCCGCGCCCGCGCCCCCGCCCCCGCUAUACCAAAGACACGCCACCCGGCCCGCGCGCCGCGCCCCCCACGGCCCACGUGUGCGUAUCAUUACACCGGAUCCCACGAUCCGGACCUUCGUUUUACUAUGAUUGAUCUCAAGACGAUAUUCGAUCCUAAUGUUUUUUUGUCUCUUGCGGUUAAUUAGUGUACCGCUUUUAAUAAUUACUUUUAAUGUGUAUGUUACGGAGAAAUGCUGGACGCUUUUUGCGCGUUGAUGUAGUUUUGGAUGUAGGCUUCGGGUUAAUAUUUUAUGUAUGUCGUUUUUGUGAACAUUCUCUUGCAGCUAUGUAUGUAAAUUAUUACUAUGUAUUGAAUAUGGAACUCGUGUCUAAAACAACUAUCCAUGUCAUAUAAAUUUAUAUCAUUAUAUUAUUAUUAUGAUUGUAACAUUCAUUGGCUAACAAAUUGACAUAAUCGGUUAUUAAUUAAUAGUGAUGUACAGAAUGUAAUAAUUCGAAUAAUCGAAUGUAAUGAUUAUUAUGCCACAAUGCAAAUAUAAUUGGAUUGGUAAAUCUUGGUGUUUCGUGUUCCCAUAGAAAUUACAAGAACAUUAAUGUUAGACAAUGUAUAAUGUAGGCCUUUUGAAAAUAUUUUGAAGUAGAGUGGUAAUUGAAUGCAAUAAAGUUAUGUAUGUACCACAGGUUUGUACAAAAUUGUCGUGUGAAAUGAAAUAACAACGGAUCCCGGCUCGACACAGAGCUGGGACAGAGACAGUUGUGUGCAAGGCUCUGGUACCUCGUAGACGCAGUAGGGGACUCGAGUGAUUGUAUAAGUCUAUUGAAAUUGUUGGUAUUGUAUAUAGAUGAGCUACGAUCCCACCAUAAAAUAUUUCUAAGUACUAACCCUUAAGUGGUAUCACUGAUGACACCAUUAAUUUUUUAUUAUAACUGUAGGAUGUUAUUCCAAUGACAUAUUGUGAUUUUUCUAUCAUAUUUCCAUAGGUUUAAAUAAUUACACGAACGCUUUUGUUUGGUUUCAUAUGUAGAUGAUCACUGGAAUAAUUUAAAUUUUAAUGUAUUAUUAUUGUUGUUGGUUUCGCUUCAUCGAUUGUACAUUACUUCGUGUCAUGUGUGAUGUCCAACUCGGCGUGACUUGACUCGCCCCUCAUUUUGCUCACUUCAUUAACUUUUAAAAUUAAUAUGAUUCUAAAUUACAAAUUGAUAAAUGUUAUUUAUUAGUAUUAUUAUCAUUUUUUUCAUUUUCUAUGUCAACUUGACGAAUUUUGUAAUUAUUACUAUUAUUCUUUUAACUUUGUAAAAUGAAUGGACCUACCCACUAAGUACCUAUUGUAAUAUUUACUCAAUAGAAGUAUAUAAUAUACCGCGGCCAAUAAAUAAUAAUAUUUAAUACCAUUUUAUACCCACUUCCCAUUUUACUACAGCUGACAGCUGUUCCAUGUAAUUGAAUAUUACAAAAUGUCAAAAAUAACUGUGAUUUCGAAAUUGUCAGUAAGUUGAGCAAAUAAAUGAAAUGAUGAUGA